AACGGAGAGUUUGGAUGCGGUGUAAAGCUUUCGUUAAAAUGGACUUAAUGUUUAGACUCGUUUGUCUAAUAUUGUAAUAUUGGAAAAAAAUAAUUUUUUUUCGGAGAUAACAACGGAAUAACACCUGUUUGUAUUAUUGACAUUUAACUUUGCGUUGUCCUGGUUGGUGAGUUAGUAUCGCAGUCAAAACUAGCGAGUGUGCUAGGUAGCUAACGUGCUAACGUGCUUAGCUGAACUUAGCUGGUCAAGCAGCCAGCUGAACUAAGAGCUAGUCUCGACUCGGACAAGUUCUCACUAACAACUUUACAAAGUCUGCGUGCUGUUGAGCUCUCGAGUCAGGUCGUGACACCAUGGCUGACAGCACUUUCGGGACUGUCCGUAGCCUGCUUGUGGACUCGUCCGUCUUUGACUCCAGAAUGGCGGAGACCUCCAAGGAGCACACGUUCCCCGGCCUGACCUCGGACGACGCUGAGGAAAUGCUGCGGCAAGUGGAGACCAGGGUUGUGCUUGUAGGGGAAGCGGGCAGCGACGUCGCACUUGUAAAGGCGCUUGAGGCCAUCCAAGUGAUGGAAGUCCCCGUGGUCAGGAUUAAAGAAGGUGACCCGGGCUCAGAGUCGGGCGAGAAAUUAAUAAAAUCUAUAGUCAACAUGGAUAUAAACGCCCCCUGUAUAAAGACGGACAAUGUCAGAGAGUUUGGGGAUGGAGAAAACGCUGAGUACGAGACAGUCUUUGUACUGAAGGACUUCAAGUCUCCUGACUACAGCUAUUUAUACAAAAAUGACAACCGCAUAUUGGGGCCCCCUGUGGUACUGCAUUGUGCUGGGAAGGGAGAGCCUCUCCCAUUCUCAUCCCGUCCGCUGUACUCCACCACCAUGCUGAACUUGUCACUCUGUUUCACUGGUUUCCGUAAAAAGGAAGAAGUGGUCAACCUAGUUAAUCUGGUGCAUCAUAUGGGUGGCACCAUCCGCAAGGACUUUAGUGCUAAAGUAACACACCUCAUUGCCCAUUCUACUCAUGGAGAGAAAUUUAGGUUGGCUGUGUGCAUGGGUACACCUAUUCUCACUCCUGACUGGAUUCAUAAGGCCUGGGAGCACAAGGAUGACAUAAACUUCCACGCAGGCGAUGAGGAGUUCCGUAUGGCCUUCAAAGUGCCGCCAUUUCAAGACUGCAUUCUGAGCUUUUUGGGAUUCUCUGAGGAGGAAAAAAACAAUAUGGAGGAAAGGACACUGAAACACGGUGGGCGCUUUCUGGAGGUUGGAGAUGAGAAGUGCACUCACUUGGUGGUGGAGGAGAACUCCAUUAAAGAGCUGCCGUUUGUGCCGUCUAAGAGACUGUAUGUUGUUAAACAAGAGUGGUUCUGGGGCAGUAUCCAGAUGGAUGCUCGAGCUGGGGAGUCGAUGUAUUCAUAUGAGAAGUCGGAGAGCCCGGCGAUGAAGAAGGCAGUGUCCCUUCUUUCUCUCACGACGCCCACAAGUAAUCGGAAGCGGCGGCGUCUACGUGACACUUUGGCCCAACUUGCUAAAGAGACAGAGAUCUCACCUUUCCCCCCUCGUAAAAGGCCCUCAGCAGAGCACUCGCUUUCCAUGGGCUCACUGCUGGACAUCUCAAACACUCCAGACACGUGCAAGACCUUGGCAGAGAACUCCAGACCCUCCAAAAGCUCAACGCCUGUCCUGGCCAAACAGUCGGCGAGAUGGCAGGUGUCCAAGGAACUGUAUCAGACUGAGAGUAACUAUGUGGAUAUCCUAGCUACAGUUCUGCAGCUUUUCAAGUAUCCACUGGAGAAAGAAGGGCAAGUUGGGGGCCCCAUCCUUGCUCAAGAAGAGAUUAAAACCAUCUUUGGCAGCAUCCCAGACAUUUAUGAAGUGCACACAAGGAUAAAGGCGGAGCUGGAACAGCUGGUGAUGAACUGGUCAGAAGACAAGAGUGUUGGUGACAUCAUUCUGAAAUAUUCCGGAGAGCUGGUGAAAGCUUAUCCUCCUUUCGUCAACUUCUUUGAGAUGAGCAAAGAGACUAUUGUGAAGUGUGAGAAGCAAAAGCCCAGGUUUCACGCAUUCUUAAAGAUCAAUCAGGCUAAACCCGAGUGUGGACGACAGACACUGGUGGAGCUGAUGAUACGCCCUGUGCAGAGACUGCCUAGUGUCGCUCUCUUACUCAAUGAUAUUAAAAAGCAUACCUCUGAUGAUAAUCCUGAUAAAGUCACUCUGGAAAAGGCCAUUGAGUCUCUUAAAGAAGUUAUGACCCAUAUAAAUGAAGACAAGAGAAAGACAGAAGGCCAGAAGCAGAUUUUUGAUGUGGUUUAUGAAGUGGAUGGCUGCCCUGCCAAUCUUUUGUCUUCUCAUCGGAGUCUGGUGCACAGAGUGGAGACCAUUGCUCUAGGAGACAAGCCCUGUGACCGCGGCGAGCACGUCACUCUAUUUCUCUUUAACGACUGCCUGGAGAUUGCCAGGAAGAGGCAUAAGGUGAUCAGCACCUUUAAGAGUCCUCUGGGGCAAACACGGCCACCUGCUCAGCUCAAGCACAUCACCCUGAUGCCCCUGUCUCAGAUCCGCAGGGUGCUGGACCUGCGCGACACCGAAGACUGUCAGAACGCCUUUGCACUGGUUGUGAGGCCUCCUACCGAGCAGGAGAAUCUCCUCUUUAGUUUUCAACUCACUGCUGAAGACACGCUCAAGUUGACCUGGCUUAAGACUCUCUGCCGUCAAGUGGCAAACACCAUCUGCAGGACUGAUGCGGAAGACCUAAUUCAGUGCACUGAUCCUGACACCUUUCAAGUGAGCACGAAGGACAUGGACAGCACUCUGAGUCGAGCCUCCAGGGCCAUCAAAAAGACAUCAAAGAAGGUCACCAGGGCUUUCUCUUUCACAAAAACCCCUAAGCGUGUGAUCCAGAGAGCUUUUAUGGCCAGCAGUACCCCAGAUGACAAGAGCCCUGGCGCAGGCCUUGAUCAUAUGAGUCGAAUGAGUAGCAGCUCUACACUAGCUAUGGCUCGCUCAGCCUCUACGUUCAGUCUGAGUGGUUGCAGUAAAAAUGCUGUAGUGCAGCGCUCAAAUUCACUGGACAAUGCGCCUCGCCCCAGGGUGGCUGUGUGUGUACGCAACCCAUGCUGCCUAGAUAACACUAACCAGCCUGCUCCUGCAGAGUCCCAUCUCAAAGUGCCCACGCAGCAAGCGUGCCCGGCCACUCUGCAGGGCACAAGGCCAUGCCGGGAGCUUGUGGUUUCCUUGGAGCAGCGCCGAAUCCCUGGCUCCCCCCGCAGAGAGACUCUACUCUAGGUGUCCUCAUUAUGCUGUGCACUCGCCAUCAAUGAUCAAUCUGUCAUCAGCAUUUGAGAGGAAGUACCACACCUUUAGCCGGUCAACCACUCACCUGAUCUGAUGUGUAUGGUUAAAUCUGUUUCCCUGCUCUGACUGAAUAACACUACAGACCUUUUAUACACUGGUACAGUGCUGACAGAUAAGUGCUCUCUGACUUCCAAAUGAAGGAUCAUUCUUAUAAUGUGUGUUUAUUUUGUCUUGCUAACAUUGUAUAUUUUGGGCACUUUUACACAACAAAGAGACGUUAUUAACUGACAUUUUCAAACUAAUUUCUUUUAGUAAAAUAGAUUUUGACAUUAUUAACCAAUUAAAGUAUUUCUUGAUGUUAUAUGGGGAAACCUAUCUCAGCCACUUAAGUUUCCAGCUUUUAUAAAGCUACAAAAGUGAGUGCUUUUCAUAUAAAUGGUUACAAUUAGAGAAACAAUGGAAAGUCGUUGUAGUAAACCCAUUGUUUAAAUGCCACUUAUUGUAGAAGUGUUUUAUUAUAAUUUUUUUUUAAUGGACCAGAUUGUUUUGAACAGGCAAAAAAGUUGAGAUGCGUACAGCCUGUUUAUUUAUUCUUGAAAAUAAAUCAUCUAUAUAUAUAUUUCGUAUAUGUCAAUCUUCUGACUUUUCCUUUCUAUUUAUGUGUAAAUAUGCUCUUUUUUCAUUUAUGAUUGUCUGCUUUAUUUCUUGAAUGUCAUGGUUUUUCUUUUACCAUAGUGGCCUUUCAAAACCUAUACAAAACUCCCUCUUUUUCCUUUUCUCACUGUACUGAAAUCACAUGUUGUCUUUGUAAAUGGUCUGUAAUGAUUUUUGUGAAUUGCUUUUAUGUUUGACACUGUUCAUUUCCUUCUUUCCAAUAAAAGAUGGAUGUAGCCAAUGAA